AUGCCUGCACCCGCCAAAGACACACCUAUCAAGGUUUCUGAACUCGCCAAGCACGACGGCAGUGAUCCUUCCCUUCCCAUUUACGUGGCCAUCAAGGGCGACAUUUUCGAUGUUACUGCAAACAAGGAUGCUUACGGACCAGGCGCAGGAUACAACGUUUUCACCGGAAAGGAUGCAUCAAAGGCUCUUGGAAAGUCGUCCCUGAAACCUGAAGAUUGUAUUGCUGAUAUCAGCGAGUUGACCGAGAAGGAGUUGCAGACUCUUGACCAGUGGCAUGCCUUCUUUGCCAAAAAGUACGACAUUAUCGGCAAGGUUGUUCCUGACAACUAA